AUGGGGCAAUUUGUCCAACAAGUCGUGCCAUUACCGGUUUACACUACUGUGGUUCCACCAGCUGCCUAUGCUAGGCAUAUUUCUCACUAUGAAGAUCAAAAUCACAUGUAUCAGACUGUCGACUCAACUGUUGCUGGUGAUGAAGUAAGGUUUGAGGAUUUCAGAGAAGUAAAGGAGAACAUGCAGCUCCUUGAGAAGAAGUUCCGAGAUUUAGAAGGAGACCACAUCUUUGGAUCUGCUGCCAAAGAAAUGUGCCUUGUAUCUGGGUUGGUGAUUCCGGCCAAAUUCAAAACUCCAGACUUCGACAAAUACAAGGGGCAUACUUGUCCAAAGAUCCAUCUCAUCAUGUAUUACCGAAAGAUGGCUGCACACGUGGAAGAUGACAAGCUGAUGAUCCACAGUUUUCAAGAUAGCUUGAGUGGGGCUCCUUCCAAAUGGUAUCUAAGUCUGGAUCAAAAUAGGAUCAAGUGUUUCCAAGACCUGUUAGACGCGUUCAUAAAACAUUACAAACACAAUAUGGACAUGGCACCUGACAGAAGACAGUUGCAGAGCAUGUUCCAGCAUGAUAAGGAGUCCUUCAAGGAAUACGCUCAGAGAUGGAGGGAACUGGCUUCUCAAGUUGAACCACCUAUAUCUGAGAAGGAAUUGGCUGAACUAUUUAUCGACACUGUCCAACCCCAAUUCUAUGAGAAGAUGGUUGGAAGUGCUUCCUUGGGAAUUUUUGAGCUUGUGGCUAUAGGAGCUCGCGUUGAAUAUGGUGUAAGAAAUGACAAACUGGCGGAUGUAGCUGGAACUUCAAAUGCUAAUCCAAAGAAGUUCUCUGGAGGGUUUCCCAGAAAGAAGGAAGGGGAAAUAAAUGUUGUGAUUAUUGGUCAAGGAAGAGCUCCUCCAAGAAGGAGACCACAAUAA